AUGGUGGAUAACCUGGUGGAUAACCUGGUGGAAAACAGGGUGGAUAACAGGGUGGAUAACCUGGUGGAUAACGGGGUGGAUAACGGGGUGGAUAACAGGGUGGAUAACAGGGUGGAUAACCUGGUGGAUAAUGGGGUGGAUAACAGGGUGGAUAACCUGGUGGAUAACAGGGUGGAUAACAGGGUGGAUAACAGGGUGGAUAACCUGGUGGAUAACCUGGUGGAUAACCUGGUGGAUAACAGGGUGGAUAACCUGGUGGAUAACAGGGUGGAUAACAGGGUGGAUAACAGGGUGGAUAACCUGGUGGAUAACCUGGUGGAUAACAGGGUGGAUAACAGGGUGGAUAACAGGGUGGAUAACCUGGUGGAUAACCUGGUGGAUAACGGGGUGGAUAACGGGGUGGAUAAAGGGGUGGAUACCGGGGUGGAUAACCUGGUGGAUAACCUGGUGGAUAUCGGGGUGGAUACCGGGGUGGAUAACGGGGUGGAUAACCUGGUGGAUAACGGGGUGGAUAAUGGGGUGGAUACCAUGGUGGAUAACCUGGUGGAUAAUGGGGUGGAUAACCUGGUGGAUAACGGGGUGGAUAACGGGGUGGAUAAUCUGGUGGAUAACGGGGUGGAUAACAGGGUGGAUAACCUGGUGGAUAACGGUGUGGAUAAUGUGAUGGAUAAUGGGGUGGAUAACCUGGUGUAUAACGGGGUGGAUAACAGGGUGGAUAACCUGGUGGAUAACAGGGUGGAUAACAGGGUGGAUAACAGGGUGGAUAAUGUGGUGGAUAAUGGGGUGGAUAACAAGGUGGAUAACGGGGUGGAUUCCGGGGUGGAUAACCUGGUGGAUAACUGGGUGGAUAACCUGUUGGAUAACGGGGUGGAUACCAUGGUGGAUACCGGGGUGGAUAACGGGGUGGAUAACCUGGCGGAUAACGGGGUGGAUAACGGGGUGGAUACCGGGGUGGAUAACGGGGUGGAUAACCUGGUGGAUACCAGGGGUGGAUAA